AUGCGAAACACUUGUGAGAGGAGCCCCCUGUGGGCGGCGGCCGGGGCUGAGACCCCGGGGUCCCUGGUCUCCUUUGUAGCCACCCCCGUGCGCCUCCGGGCCCACCCUGGCCCAUGCUCCUCUCUCUUCCUAGUGGCCGCUGCCUCCCGGGGCCUCUGCACCAGCACCCUGAGACUCGCCGCUCGAAAGUUCACAGGCAAGCAUGAAUGGAUAUCAGCUGAAAAUGGUAUUGGAACAGUGGGAAUCAGCAAUUUUGCACAGGAAGCAUUGGGAGAUAUAGUUUACUGUAGUCUUCCAGAAGUUGGAACAAAAUUGAACAAACAAGAUGAGUUUGGAGCUUUGGAAAGUGUGAAAGCUGCCAGUGAGCUCUAUUCUCCACUAACAGGAGAAGUAACCGAAAUUAAUCUAGCUCUUGCAGAAGACCCAGGACUUGUCAAAAAAUCUUGUUAUGAAGAUGGUUGGCUGAUCAAGAUGACUCUGAGCAACCCGUCAGAACUUGAUGAGCUGAUGAGUGAGGAUGCAUAUGAGAGAUACAUAAAAUCUAUUGAGGAUUGAACACUGGAUCCCCAAAUAAAUUAGCAUAAGAAUACAGCCC